AUGCACCAGGAUUGGAUACAAGACGUCGGAGAGGGCCGGAAGCACUCGGCACACGGCCGCAUCGACAUCCUCUUCCGCUGUCAGCUCCAGGACAAGCAGCGCCGACAGGUUGCUGGUGUCCGCCUUGUCAGGGAUGCCGCGCCGAGCAUACUCGAGCCCUGGGGGUGCAUCCUGCUUCCGCCACUUCGCACGCACCUCGUCCAGAGAGGGCCCAGCAGCUCGUGCCCAGGCAGGAGCCCUCCUCUUCGCGUCCUCCGCCGUGUACUUCACCAGGUGCUCGUCCUGCACAGUGUGCCGACGUGGUGCGGCGCCCACUGCGGGGAGUGGAGCGAGGGGGGUGGGCUUCCAAGAAGGAGGAGGAGGAGGAGGAGGAGGGGGGGGGAGGCGGCGGAGCAGACUAAAAAGGCAAGGGGGUCCCUGAGACGCCCGCCCGCCUUCCGAGAGGCCUCCUUGAAGCCCCCAUGGGGCCUUCCGAGGGGCCCCUGCGCCUUCUCAGCGGCUGCACGCGAGAGCGGCCGCAGAGAGGGCGCCGAACUCCAUGCGCCAGCGCUGUCUGGCCCUGCACCGAAGGUUGCACGAGGCCUGGUGCCUGCGGGAUCCUGGUGUGCACAUCUGUCGUUGCGUCCCCGGGGGGACGGGAACAGAGAAGCAGGCACCACCCCGACGCCGUCCCCGACCACUCAGAAAGGCCUGGGGUGGAACAUCGGCCCACCACUGGUAGUGUAU